AAACAACCCACUGGCAACACUAUUUGCGAUAUUUUUUAGUAAAUUGGCGCGCUCGAAGCCAUUCGCUGUGUGAAAAAAGAAAGAAGAACGUAGUAGAGGAGAACACAAUUGUUAUUGAAAAGUGAAAUAUUAUUAAAUUGAUUACAAUAAAAACACCUUAAAGUACAAAAUUACACAAAAAAAGACAGAAAUAACAAAAUGGAAUCAGAGUUAAGUCAAGCAUAUUACGGAGUCUACUGCUCUUCGAAAGAAAUCCUCAAGAAUAACCAACGCCAUUUGUACUGCAGUAUGUUGGAUUUAUUGACAAGCACCUGUAAGACAACAGGUUUAGUGGGCAGUAAGAUUGUAAGUGACGAAAUGAUAGAGUUCUGGCUGUCGGACAUUUUACCAUUGAUGUUCGAUACAGACCGUGCCAUACAGACAAAGGCUGUGGAGGCCUUUGAACAGGGCUUGGCCUCAAUGGAUGUCAUGACCAUACAUAGCAGCAAACAGUGGACUGCAUUUAAGACGGCAAUGUCCACACAGCAUGCUCCCAAAAUACACAAGUUGAGAGAAGAGCGUAAUCGACAUUGGCACCGAGUGUGGGGCUAUAUGAUACGGAUAUUGGAUAGGGAGCUGUUGAAGGGCGCCAGUACCAUCAAUUCGUUUUUGUCCAUAGUGGAAUUGGGUUUUCGCAGUACUGACAACACUAUAAGGGCUGAAUCGUUCUUAUGCUGGCGUCUUUUAAUUGAAAUUUUUUCAAAAUAUGAUGAGUUGUCGUCGCCCAAACGUUUGAAACUGAUUUGUAUUCCUCUGAAGAGUUCGCAAUCCAAGUCAGCUCAUGCUGCUGAAGUCAAAUUAAGAGUAUGGUGGUACUUAUUGACGUGUUUUGGGGACAAAUUGGGACAAUAUUUUGAAGCAGUCGUCGAGCCAUUCUUAGUGUUUUGCUUUGGUGGUACUACGUCAACGAAAACUGUUGUCUGUGCCGUGCAACAGUAUGAAGUGGUCAGGGUCUUGGCCAUACCCUGUUUGAUAAAACUGUUAUCGAGCGAGCGGAAUGAAUAUUUGGAUCGUUGUCUGAGAGAUCAUAAAUUGGAGGCAUUAAGCGUGCCUUCGCCACUAUUGGAAAUGUCGGUUUUGGAAAAGCAUUGGCAAGCUUUGGUAAAUGGGGCUAUGGAAGCAAUGCGUCUAAUGGGCACUGAGUCAUCCGAGUCAGAAGUUGGUGAACAGCAUCUUUUUCAAACUCUUUUAAUACAAAUAUUACAUAUGACCUUCCGCAAGGACAUUAUACCAUUAACCAUUAGCAUUUGUUCAUCUCUAACAAAAAUGCUAACAAAAAACCCACGUGUGGUCAUCAUAGCCAUGAAUACUUUAGCUUCGGAGGGUAUAACAUUGAAAAAAUCAUCGGAGAAUGUGGAAAUGUUUCCUAUGCUGUUGGAAGUAUUUGCUAAUCUAUUCACAAAUGCUCGAUCAAUAGUACCACCAGCUAUUCUGCAACGCUGUGUCGACCAGGUCUUCUCGUUGGACGUACAGGAAACAAGUCGCAACAAGUGGCGUAUGCUGACCACAAUGUUGGACAAAAUUAUUGUGCUUAAAGACGAUGAAGAUUACGAAGCUUUUGAAACAAAAUUGAUAAUAUGGCGCAAGGUAACACAAGGUUUGUUGGGUCACUUAAGAGAAAAUGCGUUGGAUGUAAGAGUAAAGGAUAAUGCGACAUUAAUGGAUAAAUGGAUAUUGUGGCCGGUACAGUUGUGUGUUGGAUUUGCGGGUCGCCGAUCAAACAUCACUUUCGAUCAGUCAUUUUGUUCUUUAUGGCGUCAAUUAUUAAACGCUGGACAAAACUCGCCUGACAGACGCACGUUUUUGAGCAAUGUUUAUAAAAUACUAAAAGAACUUCUGAAUGCCCGUCACGAGGAAUCAGCAUUUGGGGAAUUGUUCGAUGCUUAUGUAGCGGCCGUAUUAAAAUUAGAAUGCGACAAAGAUAAUAAACAGCAUCUGGAAUUCUUUGAACUAAUGCAGGAAAUUUUAAAACGACAAUUACCGAAAAAGCCCUUCGAAGCCUGUCUCAAUACCCUACGAAAUGCAUUGGUAGGUUUCAAAAAUACUGAAAUUAAACAAAACUUUGAUGCUAUCAAACCGAUUAUUGUGGCAGUAGUGCAGUUAAAUGCCAAAGGUUCCACAUGUCCGGUUGAAAGUAAAUUUCUGGAUGAAUGGAAGCGCAAUGUUAUGGAGAAGUUACGCUCUAACCCCAACAAGGAAAUGUCGCAACAAAUCAAGGAACUUUUAAAAACCAACAAUGAGGUAUUUGUUGUUAUACCUUCAGUUUGGAGCAUGAAUCCUGACAAACUGACGGAACGACAAAAAGAAAAAAUGUCCGAAAAAGCCGAUAUACCAGCUCUCUACAACGAUAUGAGUCAAUCACAAGACGCUUCCUCGCUCAAACCCUGGACACCUAAGAAAAUUGUAAUAGCCCAAAAAGAUAAAUCUGAAAUUGUAUUGGGAGGUGGUGAACAAGAAGAAGUAAUUGAAGACUCUGAACCUGUGGCCAUCGUAGAAAAAAUAGAAAAGGAAGCUGACAAAGUUAUGAGCACACCUACCACCAAGAAACAUUUGAGAAAUCAAUCAAGAAUACAAACACCUUUCAAAAAAGAAAAAGAAUUGGAAGAGGUUAAGAAAAGCGAGCCCUCCGACACUGUACGUAGUACUCGCAAUUCUAAGCGUAGUUCAUCCACUACAGAUGACGAGCCAAAAGAGAAAAUAUUAAAUCCCGAAGACAGUGUUAUCAAAAGGCAAACUCGUCGUUCCGGUUUACGCAAUAAAAACGAGAAUAAGAAAAUCGAUGACAUACCAGAAGAAAAAUCAAAAAAUACUACUACUGCCACUGAAAAACCACAUCAAGCAACAACAACAGAAAGCUUAUCAUCAAUACCCACACAAACAUCUAGUAAAAUCUUACCCAUUAGUGAGGAUCUGUUCGAGGAUCAAGACACCCCAUGCUUAAUUACAGAUAAAGAAAAUAUUUUACAGCAGCAGGAAACUGAAGUAAACACUAUGUCGGAUCCCAUGCUACCACAGACAUCUACAAAUUCGGUGACUGCGGCUUUGGCUACAGCUUCUCUUCAAUUAACAGUUGAAGACAAAAUGACAGCAGACCAAGUUAUUGUAAUAGAUGAUGAUAAGGAUGAAACUUGUAAGAAGUCCACAGUCGCCACCACCACCACAACUACCACUGCACCAUCUGUCGAUAUUUUGUCGACCGAUUUAAUUGAUCUCAAUAGCAAGAAUAAUACUAUCUCCGAAAUAAUACAAGCUAAAGAGGUAUCGCCCAAAAAGACUAUACCUAAAUUUACACCAUUGUCUUCACCUCCGGAUCGGAAACUAACAAAUAACAGCAGCAGUCCUACAUUGAGACCAAAACCCUCGUCUCAUUUGACUGGCAGAGGAGCACAACUAAUAAAUAUGAUACGUAACAAAAAGGUAGAUAUGUCUGCUACCACAGCGGCCUACUCGCCUGGACCAUCGUCGACGCCUUCGCAUCAACGCAAUCCAGCUGUAGAGUUAAUGGAAUUAACUGGCACCGAUCACACCUCUACACCAGUACAACCGAAAGAAUUUUUGGUAUUCUCAAAACGUUUACCCUCACCCACAGCCAGCCCAUCGGCGAGUAUACUGAAACGCAAACUGAGACACGACAGCAUUGAAGAUUUAUCCUUUGAUUCGCCGGCAUUUAAGCGUAAACGUGUUAGUUUUCAUGAUCCUCCAGUAUCGAUAACUAAGGAAUAUUUAAGAGAUAUAGACGAAACCAAAACAAAGCCGAAAAGAUGUCUAAUAAUGGACAAAGUUUCUGAAGCGAAACAUGCUUUAAGGAGAAGAAGUAAGUUGGAUAGUCUUAUUGAAAUUGAAAAAUAUAACAAUCCCACAGAUUCAAAUAAUGAUAAUAAUAAUGUCAUAAAUCCAAAAGCUGCCAAUGCAUAUACUAGCAACAGCGCUACCACCACAAGUACAACUUCAGCAUCAUCAUCAUCAACAUCGUGCUCUACUGCAGUGGCCAACAAAACGACAGACACCACAGUUAUGGACGAUAGCAUAACCUCUUUAAAAUGGAACGACAGUCGCAACACAUCAGAUGCUCCCACAACACCACAAGCCGUAACCAUGACCCAGAAUGAUGAAGCAGCCACACAAAUCGCAGCAGAUGCACCACCCUCAACAUCCAUACACGUAUGCAAACAUCCUGAGCCACCAGUCUUAGACAUUGAAACUGCCACCAAGAUGGUAUUGGAACAGUGUUCACUCGAUACAAUACUUGAAAAAUACUUUGCUAACGAAAACACACCGCAAUUGAAAUCAUCGCAUGUUGUGGCCAAGUUCUUGUCGAAUGCCAUGGAGACAAAUACUAAAAUAAAAACCAAUGUGCUGGAAACACUAUCGGAGAAUCACUCAAAAGAUUUCUUAGAUCAUGCCGUCCAGGAGAAUCUCUCCUCGGUGGUGUGCGAUCGCUUAAAUUUAAACUCCGUCAUCGAUUAUAUAUGUGCCAAAUCAAAAAUUAACGCCGGCUGUCGCAACAAUCUGUUGCAACAGAUACCGGACAUAUUGAAACACAGCAAAAAUGAAACAGAACGUUUUGAUUUUAUUAAAAAUCUUGUCACCCAAAGUAAUUUUGCCGAUGAACACAUCUUGGAACUGAUAUCACUGCUUAUGCAAUUUCGCUGCAGGACAAAGGGAGAACAGGCUACCAUGGUGUCAGAAUCGGCUGUUGAUUCUUCAUCAAAUUUAUAAUAUACUAGAAUGCAAAAAAAAACAAAAAAACAACCUGGAAAUUGUACGUACAACAAAAAUAUAUAUAUCUAUAUAUAUUUUUUAUUUUUUUUAAAUUACAUAUUUUAUUAUUAUUAU